UACAGUUCAGUAGUGAAUUGAAACCAACCCAGUCCCUUUCAUUUUCUGUCCUCCCACUUCCCAGGCGCAGAGAGAGAGAGAGAGAUCAGAGAUGGGGUGGAAUCUGCAAUUGAAAUUGAAGAAGAAUGCAAGGGGAGUGAUGCCAUAUGCAGGGAUGGUGAUGGUGGAGUGCAUGGAUGUGGGUCUGACCACACUGAGCAAAGCAGCCAUGUCGAGAGGGAUGAGUCACUAUGUCUUCGUCUUCUACUCCAACGCCCUUGCUACCCUCGUCCUCCUCCCUUUCUCCUUUCUCCUCUUUCCCAGGUCAAAUAGGCCUCCUCUCACCUUCUCUCUCAUCUGUAGAUUCUUCUUCCUGGGCCUUGCUGGGAUAACCCUGAUGCAGAACUGUGUUUUCACUGGCAUAAAUUUGAGUUCCCCUACUCUUGGCUCUGCUAUGAGCAACUUGGUCCCAGCUUUCACCUUCAUUCUUGCAGUGAUUUCCAGAGUGGAAAAGGUGGAUUGGAGAAGCUCAGGCAGUCAAUUGAGAAUAUUGGGCUCCUUAGUAUCAAUCGCAGGAGCAUUCGUAGUCAUACUCUACAAGGGACCUUCCAUCGGAACACCACCAUCAUCUCCUCCUCUUCACUUUUCUACUUCCUCCAAUUCCAAUUCCAAUUCCUUGGCAGCGAGCAAUUGGGUCCUCGGGGGUUUAUUCUUGGCAGUUGCAUCUAUCUCUAUCUCGAUUUGGCAUACUCUUCAGGCAGCAACUCUUAAGAAGUACCCAAUAGAGAUGAUCGUUGUCUCCUUCAAUAGCUUUUUUGGGACCAUUCAAUGCUUGGUGGUUGCUUUGAUCUUGGAAAGAGACCCAAUUGCUUGGACAUUAAAACCUGAUUUGGAGCUCCUUUCGAUUUUCUACUCAGCUGUGAUUGGAAGUGUGGUGACUCCUUGUGUGCUGACUUGGUGCAUACACGAGAAGGGUCCUGUGUUCGUGGCUAUGUUCAAGCCCUUGUCCAUUGCCAUCGCUGCAUUGAUGGGUGCCUUGUUCCUCGGUGAUACUCUCCAUCUCGGAAGCGUUGUUGGAGCAAUAAUAAUAGUUAUAGGUUUUCACGGCGUGAUAUGGGGACAAUCAAAGGAAGAAAGAAGGAUUAAAGAAGAUGAUGAUGACGAUGGUGGUGUUGAGACCUCGGCUGUGUCCAUUGAGAAGGCUCCUCUCUUGCGAAACCACAGAGAAGUAUAAAAAUAUACUACUUUCGACAUCUGUAGCCUGUAGGUGGCCCUAACCUUUAUUCCAAAUCUAAAUAAAGUUUAGGCAUUCUCACAGUUAGUGUUCUCCUUUAAGUGCCUGUAUAAAACAGGUCUUAUUUGAUUCAUAUUUAGAGGGUUGAGUUGUGAGUGUUAAUUGGUUUGGUUUCGGUGUAUAUGGAACCGUUCGAUUUGGUUCGAUUUGCAUAUAUUUAAUUGAAGCUAAAAUCGAAUUGUUUACUA